CCCGCCGCACGUCCGAGGACACAUAGUGAUGAGUGAGACCCGCCCGCUUGUGAACAGGAAGGAGGAGAGAGGGCCGGCCUCUUGUAAACAUGGAGGAGUUCAAAUGGGUGCCGCCACGUAGGAGCUGACUGGCACACAACCGACGUACUGAGAAAAGGAGAGAAAGUCUACUCCUUGUUGCUGUGAAGUGCUUGCUACUCUGGCGCAGUGGUUGAGAGACUGACUGUCGCACAGUCGCACACGCCGCGUUGCCACACUGUAAAGACUGCCGAUGUGCUUCCGGGUCGACGUGCACGUGCACGUGCACGUCGAUGGUACAAACAUACAGUAAGUAGCCGUGACGUUGUGUUUCUUAAGAUCUAUUCAGCAGCGCUCUCGACCCAUUGUCGAGUGAGAUAUAGCGAAGUCAAAAACGUGUAUCUCGACGACAACCAUCGUUGUUCUCCUCCUCCUCCCUCUUCUCUCCUUUCCUGCUUCUUUCGUCCCCUCCUGUCCUUCUUCUGUCCCCUCCUCCCUCUUCCCUCUUCCCUCUUCCCUCUCAUCCUCCGUGCUAUCGCGAUGACGGUGUUGCAGUUCAGGUAGUGGGCAAGUGAUAGCCGUGGAUACACCAGCGAUCAUUCAUUCAUUCAAUCAAUCAAUCAAUCAAUCAAUCACUCACUCACUCACUCACUCACUCACUCAAUCACUCAAUCAAUCAAGAAGUCAAGCGCGCAAGUAGCGGGCGAGUGGGAUGGACUCGAAGAGGAAGCAGCUGCAGGGGAGCAGUACUUCGAAGAUUCCAUGGCUGAAUGGAUCUUUCAGUUUCGACGACUAUUUUACCUCUCUCGCGGGAGAAACGCUGCCCAUCAUGUUUCAGGAUGAGGACGAUGAUGAUGAUUGUCUUCUUGGCGGGAGGGAUCAUCAAAGAAACAACAGGGAGAGCCGGUCUGUCGGGACGCAGGAUGACUCCGACGGAGGAGAGCUGCUAGUGACGGAAGGAGAUGGUCGCGUGGUCGGCUUUCCCGGGAUGGAAGAGCUGCUGCCGUUGAUCAAGGACGUGCUGAAGCAGAUCGUACCGUUGCAUCGAGAGGAGGAAAGCAAAAUGGAGGCGUUGAUGGCAGAUGUCGGGGAGAGGGACCUCAAGCAUAGGGAGACAGUCUCCACUCUAGAAAGAGAAACCGAUGCGAUGUUUCAGCGGUUGAAAGUGUUGGAAUCGACGGUCACAAGAUCGGGGAGAGUGACGGGGCAGAUAUGUGCCGAGCUCAUGGCCGCAGACGCGGAGAUGGGCGUCGCUCAAAGUACCAUGAGACAAGUGUGCGACAAAGGAGGGGUGUCGCCUCUUCCGGAGGAUGACUUCUAUGAUCAUCAGAUCUAGGGACGACCGGUCAGUGUACCAUGAGGCCAGUGUGCGACAAAGGAGGGCUGUCACCCGUUCCUGAUGAUGACUUCUAUGAUCAUCAGGUCCAAUAACGGACGCUCGAGGCAAUGCCGACGAGCCCAUGGCCGCAGACGCGGAGAUGGGCAUCGCUCAAAGUACCAAUUGACAAAUGUGCGACGAAGGAGGGGUGUCGCCCCUUCCCGAGGAUGAGUUCUAUGAUCAUCAGAUCUAGGGACGACCGGUCGGUGUACCAUGAGGCCACUGUGCGACAAAGGAGGGCUGUCACCCGUUCCUGAUGAUGACUUCUUUGAUCAUCAGAUCCAAUAACGGACUCUCGAGGCAAUGCCGACGUGGUAGUGGGGUUGAGCUGGCUUGGGAGGGGCGCGGAAGCGGGGAGGGGGAGGCGAAUUGUGCGGCGGUGGCGGCCACCGAGCUCCGUACUCGUCCAUUUAUGUACGCUUGGCUUCGAUCCGUUCAGCUGGCUUGGGAGGGGCAUGGAAAGGUCGGGAGGGGGGAGGCGAAUUGAGGAUGGGAGCGUAUGGAAUGGAGGGGGGGGGUCAGAGGCUUUCGUAGGCAAGAAAAGAACUCAGUGCAUCGGUUGCACUGGCACUAAGAACGCAGUGCAUCGGCCGCACUUGCACUAAUUAGCCAUUUCUAAUGAGCGGGGGAAUUGUACAUAAGGUAGGGAAAGAACUCUCAGUGCAUCUAACCGCGGAGGACGGCCCAGUUCAUUCAGGAGGUAAGGCCCGGGCAGCGUCGGACGGCUGGCUGGCCCCAUUUGUGCCACGCUGGGCUGGGAUUUUUAUUCUAGUUUAUUAUGUUCUUACGAACGAAUAAUUGGGAGGUGGGGGAUGAUGAGGAGCGGCUGUUGAUUGUUUACUUUUGGCGGGGCGGCCGAUUCGCUGACAUUUGGGUCGGCCGCGCACACACACACACACACACACACACACACACACACCAGGCGCAGUCUCUGAUGGAUUUGCCUGUUCUUGUCUGUGUUGAUUGUAGUCUUGGCUUCUUAUGGCAGGCGUUAGUGACUGAUAGUGAUAUUAUAUAUAGAUGAUUGUGUUUUUUUCGUGUGAUGGUCAUACUUUAAUCGACUCCGAGUCGGCGUUUCUCUGGUUGAUCUGUGAUUGAUUUGCCUCCUUUAAUGGUGCGCGCUCCUAUCUUCACCCGAACAGAACGCCUGGUCAGUAAAGUUUGUAUUUGGGUCAACUUUCAGUCGAGAUACAGCGAUUGUGACCGGGCGUUCUAUUCGGUUGAAGACGGUAGUUCCAGUUGACGCCGGUUGCGCAACCCCACAAUACGUGCUCGAAAGCGCGGCUAUGGUGAUGGCGAUGGCAUCGAGGAGAAGUGGCAAAAACUGCGAGACGACGAGAACUGGCACUCCUCCUCGAUGUCAUCGCCAUCUCCUCACCUCACCUCGCGGCUAUGGCGAUGACAUCGAGGAGAAGUGGCAAAAACCGCAAGACAACGAG